AAAUUAUUUUGUUUCUUCACAGUAAUGACAGAUGGGUAUGGAUUGGAAUGAAUAAGAGGAGUCCAGAUUCUUUGGGAACCUGGCAAUGGAGUGAUGAUAAACCCGUAACUAGUCUUGUCUUGCCACACGAUUAUCUGGAAGAUGAGUAUGACACGAGGGACUGUGUUGCUUUAAAGACCUUUCAGUUUUCAAGGAGAUCAUUUUGGAGAUAUUAUUUCCAUGAAGGCAGAGACCUGGAGUUUUAUUUCAAGCCUUUUGAUUGUGAGGCUAAACUCGAAUGGGUCUGCCAGAUAACUAAAGGUAGCACUCCAAAGACACCUGAGUGGUAUAUACCAGAUGAAAUUGGAAUCCACGGAGUCCCACUUGUUGUUGAUGGAGCAGAGCUGUGGUUUGUACCAGAUAAAAACCUGAGCUUUCAAGAAGCUAUUUCCUACUGUCAGAAAAAUGAUAGUGAAUUGGCCUCUGUGGAGUCUUACCCAAAACUCAGGACAAUACUAUCUCAGAUAGAAAAGUUAUCGAACAGUGAACAGAAGUGGUGGCUGAAGUUUAUUGAUUAUGGCUACAGCUAUCAUUCACCUUUACAGUUAUUUCCACGCUUCCAUGAUCGAUCCCUGAGGGACUGCUGGUAUGUUUCUAGGAAGAGCUGGUAUAGAGACUACCCAGUUAACUGUAACAUGAAGCUGCCCUUCAUUUGUGAGAAGAAUAAUGCCUCCUUGCUGGAGAAACACGAUCCCAGUUACCGCCCAGUCACAGGAGGUUGCCCUAAGGGUUGGCUUCGAUUUCGGAAUAAGUGCUUCCUAAAGAUGAAAUCUGAGUUCUUAACGUUUAAUGCAGCUAAUGAAAAGUGUGUAACUUUUGGAGGCUCUCUUCCAUGCAUCUCAAGUCAAGCUGAGCAAGAUUUUAUAACAUCCUUGCUUCCUCAAAUGCCAAGAGAUAUUUGGAUUGGUUUGCAGUUUUUGUUCAGCACAAGAGAAAACAAGUGGAUAGAUGAGAGCAGACUGUUGUAUAGUAACUUUCACCCACUCCUGACAGGAAGACUGAGGAAAAUUCCACUGGAUCUUUUUGAUGAAGAAUUUAACAAUCAGUGUGGUGUAAUCCUCAAUGAUCCCAAGUCUCAGUAUGUUGGAACAUGGAAUUUCACUGCUUGUGCUGACAGGCACUUCUUGGGUAUAUGCCAGCGUCCUAUAGGUAAGUCUGGAGAGUCAAAAUAAAUUAGAGCUAGAGCUUGCUGUUAAGAUGUGUGCCAGAAGACCUUUUAGGUAUGUAUAAAUCAUUGCAUUUGAAGAGCAAGAUGCUUAUGGACUGUGAGCAGGUAAACUCUGGAAAAGCGUAUUGUGUGAAGGGUGAUCUGGGGAAAUUUUUUUCCAACUAUUUAGAGUUUUCCCUUUUUCAUCACCCUGUUCUCUUGAGAGACUCUGUGUGGUUUCACUAAAAUCAUUCGUAAGCCUAUCAUAACUUUAGCAUUCUGUGGGUAUUGAUGCCGUGUACAUCAAGGGCUGGAACAAGCGAUUCCUUCCUCCUCUGUAGAACUGUGGC